ACAGGCAGCCAAUGAGGCGCUGCGUGCAGGGCCUGAGAGUGUGUGUGAGAGAUAGACAGAGAGUCUAUGAGCACAAAGGCAGGGAGCAGCAAGGACCAGGCUGAGGGAAUAAGGACCGCUCCAGGCGAGUGCAAUACCGAGGCACGGAUUAGUAGGACGGGCAGCGAGUGCACAACCUAUCAGUGUGCACGGAUAAGCACUGAGAGUAACAACUGUACCCAGCGCACUAGUGCGGACCAGGCUGCAGAAUAAGUGAGCGAGUGCUUCAGGGUAUAUUUCAUUAGGUUCCCUGCAAUUUCUCGGCUGCAGCAUCUCCUUCAUUUUGCACGAGCAGCGCUUCUCCCUGCACUAUGCUUGUCCGGUGCAAUGUGACUUUCUUGCAUCUUCAGCUCUCGGUUGGAAGACUCCGGGACAUGUGACAGCUUUUACACUCGCCCUGGACAGACGGCUUCACCCGAGAUGUGACCCGAGAGGCACGGCUACUGAAAAUCCUCCCACCUAACCCUACUCCUUACACGCAUCCUUAUAGAACCGAAUACCUGGCACAGCAGCGGCUCUGUGCACUGAGCUCCAUCCCCGGCUGUGCCACCCCCGCGCAGCCUCAUGCCGGCCCCCCCAGCUCGCCCCGGGCAGUGAAUUUGCGGUGACCCGGGCGCACCCCGGGGGCGCCGCAUGUUUAGGUCCAGACGCAACGGGCUGGUUCGGCGCCUGUGGCGGAGCCGGGCGGGCGGGGAUGGGGGGGUGUCAUGCUGCGGUCUGUCUGAGCCGCCGACUGGAUCCCCGGAGCUGCGCUCUGCAGCAUCGAGCGUACUCAAGCGCCUAAAAGAGCAGGCUCUAUUUACUAUGUUGGAGGCGGUGGAAUCCCGGGGAGCGACGCCGGGCGGGUGUGUUCUGGUCACCAGGCACGGGCCCCCUCCCCACUUGCUACUUUGUAGACUCUUCCGGUGGCCCGAUCUGCAGCAUCCAGGGCAGCUCAAAGCCCUAAUUGGGUGCCAGGGAGCUGGAGGACCGGACAGCAACAGCUUCUGCUGCAACCCUUAUCACUAUAGCAGGUUGUGCGGACCAGAGUCGCCACCUCCUCCCUAUUCCCGUCUUUCUCCAAAAGUUGAGCAAAAGCCGCUGGAUCUAUCGGACUCUUACACUGAAGUGGAAGCUUGUGGCUCCUUGCGGAUCACUGCUAGGGACAUCUCAGAUACUAGUCUGUCGCCUGACACAAGUAAGCAGGGCCACUGGUGCAGUGUGGCCUACUGGGAGCACCGCACACGUGUGGGCCGACUCUACUCAGUGUCCCAACCUUCAGUCAGCAUUUUCUAUGACCUACCUCAGGGGAGUGGCUUCUGCCUGGGCCAGUUGAGUCUGGAGAACCGAAGCGAAGCUGCAGUCAGGACUCGGGGGAAGAUAGGGCUUGGCAUAAUGUUAAGCCGUGAGGCAGAUGGGGUUUGGGCCUACAACCGCAGUGACCACCCAAUAUUUGUCAACUCACCCACACUGGACACACCUGCCUGCCGCCCCUUUGUGGUGCGCAAGGUCAUGCCUGGGUACUCCCUCAAAGUGUUUGAUUAUAAGAAGUCAUGUGUCUUGAGGCACCUCCCUGCUCCACCUGAACAUACAGAUGGACCAUACGACCCACACAGUGUACGCAUCAGCUUUGCCAAGGGCUGGGGUCCCUGCUAUUCGCGCCAGGUUAUCACCUCAUGCCCCUGCUGGUUAGAAGUCUUACUGGGCCGAUAGUGCUCUGGGCAUCUCUUUCGCUUGGAAUCUAGAGUAAGAUUUAUACCACUCCAGUCAGGUGAAUGACUAUGCAAAAGUCUCGUUGUUACAGAGAAACAAUGUGGAUUAUAUACAUAACCUGGCAAUGUAUUUCAUGCUUCUAGCUUCUAUCAGAAAAAGAGGUUCCAGAAACGACUACAUUUUCUCCACUAAGGAGUACUUAAAGCCUUGUGCCACCUCCCUUUUGAAUGGGCUACAGCUGUCAUCUUAACCUGCUGGAGGGGUUCCUGGCUGUUAUGUUGCCUUAAUACAGUGGCUGGAUUCAGCAUUUGUUUAAACUAAUGACGAAGGUUGACAUUCUCUCCCCUGCCCAGAGGGAGCACUACAGAUCCUUAUGUCUUUUAAUUGUCAUUGUACACUUCUUCCAGGUGCCAUUUGGUGCAACCAAGCCUCUGCUACAGGGGGUGUGGAAUGCAUUACUUUGUGUUGGUUUUUCUGCUUUGCAAUGGUUCCUCAUUAAGUGUUUUGCAAUACACUGUAGGGGUCUGUGCGGAGCAGAAACACCACCUCAAAUCUUCACCCUGAAAACCCACAAAUAAGUCUUUUUAAAGGACUUUUCCCAAACACCAUGCCCUAAAUUUAAUAUAAAUUGUUUAUAUAUAUUAUAUGGAAAUAUAUAUUAUACCUGUAAAUAUGGAGUCAUUUUUACAAUGUAAUUAUUUAUGUAUGGUGCAAUGUCUAUAUGAGCUAAAAUAAAAUAAAAUGCACUUUGGCUUU